AGUCGGUAGAAAUAAAAGUAGCUUGAGCCAUGUGUCAAUCAAUAUUAGCCAAUCAAUUAGCAAGUCAGUGGAAUCACGCUAACUGAUUGGUUAAUUUUUUAUUGAAAGAUGGCCCAAGCCUUUUUAGUAAUUGCCUUUAAAAUGCCAAUCAAGCAGCAAGAAAUUAAUAAUUUAGUUAAAAAGGAGCAAAGGCUACACGACAAAAUAUAAAGGCAAAUGAAAAAUGGUACCUGCUUAUUCUAAAACGUAUUCAUGACAUCAAACUUUUUAUGAAUGUAAAAGUCUUUCUGAGUCGCUCACUGGGAAGUAAAGAGGUUUCUAAAGCGCAUGGAGAUGUCAACACACAACAUGAAAAUACACAAAACACGCAGGUUACCAUGUUGUUUUGCCGUCUGCCUCCUUUUGUUCUCGCUCAAUAUUUCUUGCGAGUGCAACAUCUUGCGAUUGGAAUGCAAAUCGUUUGCAGAUUUUUCAGUAGUAGCAGAAGAACAUUGGCUUGAAGGAUCGAAAAUCGAAGAAAUUGAAGGCGUUGAACUAAACGAAUGCAGAGGACGCUGUGUGCUUAACAAGCAAUGCAAGUCAAUUAAUUUUAGGAAUGACGAUUCCAGGUUAUGUCAGCUUAAUAGCAAGUCCAGUCAUGACAACAGUGAUAGAGUCAAGUUGACGAAAAAUGAUGAAUGGGACUUUUACACAACUAAUUAUUCUGCCAGAGCUUUAGGACAUUCCUGCAAGAAAAACAACCCUUGUGGUAAGGGAGAUAUUUGCCUGGACACUUGUCUCUGUCCUGGACAGGAAUGCCUUAAAUGUGGAAUGAACACCAAAAAUAUUCACUGCAACAGAUGUAAAAGCAACCCGUGCCAAAACAGCGGAAGUUGCCUUGAUUCUGAUGUAAACAUAUGCAUAUGCAAACCAGGCUUCUUUGGCACCUUCUGUGGAAAUGAUCACUGCACCAUAAAUCCUUGCCUUAAUGACGCAAAAUGCAUCAGCACAGCAAAUGGGCCACAAUGCUUUUGUAAUCCAGGAUACACUGGAACAUUCUGUGAAACGUUCGACCAUUGUGCCUCAAGUCCUUGCCAAAAUAAUGCUACAUGCAUCAGUACAACAAAAGGGCCACAAUGCUUUUGUGUGCCAGGAUACACUGGAACAUUCUGUGAAACGUUCGACCAUUGUGCCUCAAGUCCUUGCCAAAAUAAUGCUACAUGCACAAGCACAACAAAUGGGCCACGAUGCUUUUGUGUGCCAGGAUACACUGGAACAUUCUGUGAAACGUUCGACCAUUGUGCCUCAAGUCCUUGCCAAAAUAGAGCUACAUGCACAAGCACAACAAAUGGGCCACGAUGCUUUUGUAUGCCAGGAUACGCUGGAGCAUUAUGUGAAGCUUUCGAAUAUAACGAUUAUGAUUGGCUAUCUGGUUGCCAGUAUCAUAGUUCAGAUGAUGCUAGCUUUCUGUUUUCAAGCAAGUCAAAAUGCUACGCACAUUGCCAUCACGAGUGUUACAGGUCAGCCUUUAUUGAAAGGUCAACAAACAAAUGUCUUUGCUCUACUUCGACAAUUAAGACUGCGGCGAGUGGCUCAGAAUGCAUCUUAAUACACCAAGAUUUGCAUUUGCGCAAGAAAUGUGCUUUUGCAUCCUCUUCUUGGCAAACUAAAUUGCCGACCAGCAGAAGAAGCUGCUACUUCGCAUGUGUCAACAAUGGAUUCAACUCAGCUACCUUCAGAUUCGUUGACCAAAAUUGUUAUUGCUCCAACGAAUCAGCACAUACUGAAAGCCAAACCUCUGAUUGUAUUUCAGCAAGUCCUGAGCUCUGAUAACCUCAAAUGGAGAGCAGUGUCAAAAUAUCUACUUCAACAGACAAGGAAGCUGUUGGCCGCAAUACAUAUAACAAAUAUUCUACCCGCUUUUCGCACUUAAGAAUAAAAUGUUAAAUGUUAAAAGAUCGUUUAUAAUCAUGUUCUCAAAUAUUUAAUUUUCUUAAUUUCUCAUCAUUCAAAAUUUCAGUCUUGUU